AUUUGACAUCCCACAAGAAAAAUGAGUUCUUCUUCAUCUUUCUUUCUUGCCCUUUCACUUUCCUUAUUCUUUAUAUACACUAAUGGCCAAGAUCUCAUAUACAAAACUUGCAAAACCUCCUCACUACAAGACCCCAAUGUCAAGCUCCAAUUUUGCACCACUUCUCUCCAAGCUGCACCGGCUAGCCAUUGUGCGGACCUUAAAGGCCUCGGCAUGAUGUCCAUUAGGCUAGUAAGGUAUAACGUUACCGACACUAGGUGUUACAUCAAACAACUACUUCAGAACACCAAAAAGCUUGAUCCUUACGUGAAAGCGUGUUUGAAUGAUUGUUUUGAGCUUUAUUCUGACGCUAUCCCGGCUAUCAAACAGGCCAUGAAGAGUUACAAUUCCAAACGUUAUUUUGAUGCAAAUGUGCAAAUAAGUUCGGUUAUGGAUGCGACCACCACUUGCGAAGACGGGUUCAAAGACAAGAAGGGUGUCAUUUCGCCAUUGACUAAGCGAAAUGAUGCAACUUUUCAGCUGUCCGCUAUGGCACUUUCCAUUAUGAAUAUUAUUCAGAGUGGUUCACAAUAGAUUUCGAACCAAUUAAACAUCAUAUCAUGGAAAAUCAUUGGCAUAUGUAUUAAAACUAAACUUUAGUAGUGCAUUUUUUUUAUUUUACUACAACGUUAAUUAAUUGUUAAGGUUGCAUUUAGUUCUUUAAUUUGUUUUAAUCUUUUCAUAUUGUCGGAUAAUCCUAGACUGAUACUGUAUUUGUUAUUCCCAUCGUUGUUUU